AAAUGGAUGUUGUGGGUCUGAGCGGUGUGUUUGGGAGACGAUAGUUUAUGUUUUACGGAUUGUGUGAGGGGUCAACUAGUCAAUUACUGAGUCCAUUUUUGGCAAGUGAAUGAGUGGGUGGUUCUGGUUGGCAACUACCGUGGACGGCAAUGUGUAAUACCACCACAUACGAUGGCAAAUCUACAGGCGCAAGCGACGCGAGUCUUGUUUCUCGAUGGACAGGCAAUAAUAUUGCAAAACGAAGCAGGAGACAAUGCCUUCGGCGACCUAAACGCCGAACUGUUGCAACAGGCUUUACAAAGUGUCGGUGUAACACAGUCCGUCGAUGACGGUGGCGCUGACACCGCGGUAGCCGCGGACGCUAGCUUUGUUGUUCCAACGAAUGAGGCAACAGCGGUGGAGGUGGCGGAAGCACUUCCUACCACUCUGGAAGCAGGUGGUGCCAGUAAUUUCAGGCUGAUUUUCCAGAACGAUGAGGAAUCCCAGGGAGCUGUGCGAUUCAUGACCGAAGAUGCUGAAGCUUUGGGCCUUAAAAUAUUUGUCGAUGGAAGUGAAGUGAAACACGAGCAACAUCAACACGCUCAACAAGAUGUGCAGACAAACAGUUUGACUGUGAGUGAGAAUCAGGAACAACACUCAGACCAUGAGCAGCAACAGGUGGUGUUCACUACCCCGUCUGGUGAAGUUGCUGCUGUAGUGCCUUCGUUUGAAGGUUGUGAAGUCAAAGAAGAUGAUGGAACGACUACCCAAUUCCAGUCUGCCGCUGAUGCGCUGGGAGCCCUUGUUGGUGCAACAACUGCUGGAGAAACGGUGUCGAUGGACCACCCAGUUACACUAGUGCCGCAGUUAAUAGAUGGGUGUGUCUCAUAUGCCGUGCAGUUUGCUAACGGAGAAGAUGAAUCUGCAGAUGUCGGCAGUACUGAGCAGCAGGAGGCGACAAUGGAAACUUCGUGUGCCUUCUCUUCACCCACAGAAUUUGCCGUGUCAGUGACAACGGCACCUGAAACUAAUCAGGAACAACUGCCACCACUUCCUGUACUUUCUUGUGUACGGGAACACAAGUCCUUACCAAUCGCGGCUAAGACUCAGGUCACCUCUAGGCCACAUGUACCUGCGAGAAAGAUAGUGCCAGCUCAGAGUACACCAGGAUCUGGGCCCAAUCGUAUAAAGGUACACGUUGUCGGUGGCAAGGUGGUGACAGAGCCUGAAGCGCAGCAGCUCGUCACCAGGACUGCGCCGAACGUGGCUCGCAUAGCUGCCAACAACUUUGAUUCGGCCAAACCACUCGGCUCCAGUGAAAAUCCCAUACAACUUGUACAGCACGGGCAAACAUUCCACAGUGUGCAGGCAUUGACCCAAGAGCAGCUAAAGCAAAUUGCAACAGUUUUACAACAGCAGCACCUGGAUUCGGCACCUCGCACCAAAAAUGUUGUUUACGAUGCAGAGACCAAUACUCGUAUCAUCUACAGGGUGGUGUACCCGGAGGACCUGGACUUGUGCGAACCCAACUCUCCACCUUCAGGAGAUACUGCUCCGCGCCGCUUGCAAGGCAUCGGUGUGUCACAUUCAGUGCAGGGAAACAUUACUCUGUCGAAGGCCAUUGUUGACAAUGGGAGGCUGCAGCAGGUGACAGCACUGCGGGGUCGUGGUAGUGGACGCAGAGGCCGGCUUCCGGGCAGCCGCAACAAACGUCCUGCCGACUCAGCUGGACUGGGAGAAAUCAGGGUGAUUCAUGAUGAGGCCGAGGAGGCAGCCCGAUCCGAGCGCAAGAAGCAGUUGUUAUCGCGCACCCGCUCUGGAAGACUAUCUCGUCCACCGCGGCACAUGGUGAAAGACUACAAGCGACUGCACAGGCUGGACUUCGCAGAUGCAGAUCUUGAUGAUUCGGAUGGUGGCUACUCGGAUUACCAGAUGAGUGACCACGAGGACGGAAAGGAGGGGGAAGGUGCUGGGGCUCUGGCGAAAGGGGGCACAGAGGUACCAGAUCCAGCGCUGCCUGCAGGUGCUCCUACAGUGACAGUUCCAAAGCGCAAGAUUUCUCCGCACUUUCGGUGCCCAGCCUGCCAGAAGAUAUAUCUGGGCCACAGUCGCAUGGCACGACACCUGCAGGCAUUUCCUGAGCAUGCAAAGUCUGUCCCGGUGGACGAAGCCACUUCGCCAGCUCCACCCACUGAUGACAGAGGAGGAGCGCAAGACAAGACAGGUGUAUCUGCAGCUGCACCCACUGCUGCUGCGGCCACUCCGCCGACACCAGCAUCGGCGCCUGCACCUGCACCUGCACCUGCGCCUGCGCCCGCGACUGCGACCGCACCCACACCCGCAGCCACACCUGUGCCUGCAGUUCCUAACGGUGCAGUACCGACAGUGGUCAGACGUGUCGGCGCUCCCCCGGGCCCGCGAAAGAAGAAACGGCGUGGGCCGUGGGCGUACAUCACACCGGAGGCCCGAUCACAGAGGCGGAAAGAGAAGCUGAGGGAGAUGCUGGUAACUUGUGAACCGGUAGAGGUCGCAGAGGUGUGUGGUCGCACUGUUUGUGGAUCACUUUCUCUACUGGAGCUGCUGUGGUUGCGACUGGAAGCUGUUCAUGCCAACCGACUGCUGGAGGAGCUUGCAGCACUGGUUGGAGAGGCACGGACUCUUCUCGGGUCUGCCCUGACCAAGGACGAGAGUGAUGAUAAAAUGGGAUCCAGUCUAGACGAUGAGCAUGUGGAGGUUUGCGGUGAUGUGUUGUGUGUCGCGAUGGGUCUGGAAUGUGGACGAUACCGUGUGGAUACUUCGAAGCUGCGUCCUCCGCCCCAUCCCGAAGAGCCACUUCCAUCCAAUCCUGCUCCAGAGUCCAAUGCACCCAGCAGAGCUUCUGAAAACCUGCAGUCAGCAACAGAAGUGGAAGAUGCCGUACCCGGAGAGCCCAGAGAGAAGAAGCCAAGAAUAGAAGAUCUGAAGUUGGAGGCUGCAACCACCUCCCCGGACAGUGGGAGCAGCAGUGUUGGGAUGGAUUGCAGUAUGGCCGGCACUCCGUCAGAGACCAUGGUUGUUGACGACCGUGGUGAAUUGCGUGGCGAUAAGGAAGUGGCAGAUGAUGACACGCAUGAACUGCGGCUCUGUCCACUAGAGGCACUCGGGCUGCAAGCACAGACCAACACACUGGAAGCUGUCAGAACUCCAGACAGUGGUGUGGCAAACACUAAAGAGGACUCAUCGCCAGCUUCAACAGAGGCACCCCACACGCCGACGGAACUGCCUCAUGUCGUGGUGGAACUUCCUGCCACAUCUUCAGAACUGCUGAACACACAGGCAGAGGCACCUCACAUGAUGACAGAACUGCAGAAUGUGCAGGUGGAGCCACCUGGCACCCCAGGGGAACUGCCCCAGAUGCCUUGCACAGUAACGGAGGUGCCAGUGCCCCACCCACCACACGACGAUGCACUGCCGCAGCCGCCACCGGAGCUGUCCGUGUCCCGCAUGCCGGAAGAUCUACCUCAUACCCCCACACAGUUGUCUUCCACGCCCCCAGAACCGCCACCCGUACAGAGGGAGGUGGCCCCGAUGCCCGCAGGACAGCUCCACCACAACACCACACACCCUCUGGACGAGGACUUGUUGGAUGGCCUUUGCUGUUCGGCAGAAGGUCAUCCCGAUGUGGCGGGCUCAGAAGAGGAUGCCGGCCGGCGGGCUGCCCUGCAGGCGGUGGAUGACAUAGUUCGCGAGCGACUGGGUCUAGUGGACUUCCUCGACGUGAUCCCGCCACCGCACCCGUCCGGGCGGGUCGAGCUCCCCGGGUUCGCAAGCUUGCAGGUGCCGCACCGUGCCGGAAGUGGAAGCGGCAUUUCCACGGCUCCACCCCCCACAUUCCUAGCAUUGCCGGAUUUAUCAGAUCACAUAGAUCUAGAUGCACUGGGAGAAGAACUGAGUUCCUCGGCACAUCCAGCUUCUGCUGCAAGUGGAGGUGAAGUUGUCGGAAGCUGAGAGUAAUGCCUCAGAAAAGAGGGCUACUUCCGAAGGACGAUGUUCGUGUACCUAACGUGUGAGACGUCAAAUGAAAUGUGAUUUGUGAUACCUACAAAUUUGUGAUUAGCAGUGACUUUCUGUUAUCCACCUCAACACAACAAAAUAUUUUUAGCUGGCUUAUGUGCUAUGUUACGAGUAACUUCAAUUCCUCUAUUGAUAAAUUCCAAGCAGCACUAAUUUAAAACAUAUCUAAUCAACGAAAUGCUACAGUUUUGAUAUUGCCAAAAUUAAAAGAUACGAGAUGGAUGCUUUGACUGCAGUUUGUUACUACUCUUUUCAUGAUCGGCAUGGUCACAAUGAAUGAAGUGCUUUUUCACAACUGUUUUUCUGCUAGAAGCUUUUUCUAAUUAAAGCAAAUCAUUCCGCUUAGAAAUUAAAAAUGUUCUUCUUAUGGACAAAAAUGUACGAUUGGAUCAUGUUGCAUUUAAUGAACUGGGGUAUGCAUUUACCUCCAUCACAAGCCAAAAUUUAUUUCACUUGUGCUCUCAACUUUUCACAGAUUUGCCUGACUGAUUAAAAACUUUUUCGCUAUUACUGGUUAACAAUGGCAUUGGCAUUUGGUGAUAAACCAUGUUGCCAGAAAACCAUUCUCGCCUGAAGUUCUGCUGAGAAUCUGCAGUGGGAAACUUAAUUGCUUGUUUUUUGAGAACUGAAUAGGCUUGAAAUGAUUGUAUUUCACCGGUACAAAAGUAUUCUGUAUGUGUACUUACAAGGAUCUGUGUAUAACUACUCUCCCCUCUAGCAACUAUCUAUUUCUCCCCUGCUCUUGCCUUGUGAAAGUAAUGUUAUGAAAUGUGCUCUCUCUCUCUCUCUCUCUCUCUCUCUCUCUCUCCCUUCCCCCCCCCCCCCCCCCUCCCUCCCCUCCUUCAGUAUCCUACACAUGGAACAAAAUUGCAAAUGCAGGUUUGCAGCUAUCACAGUUGCAGUGAGUCAGUACUGUCCAAAGAUAUUAUUUCUAUAAUGUGUAAAUACAAACUCCAGCUAGUAAAGCUGAACUAUUUGUGUAGUCUUUAUUAGUAAUAAAUAUGCAUUUAAAUAUGUGUGUAUAUAUAUAGUUAUGUCAUAUUUCGGAAUUAGUUGCAGUCUUAUCUGUGCAUAGCUGCUAAUUUGAGAUGAUACGGUGCAAUAAUGGUUAUUUUUUGCCACUUUAUACUCAUUGCACUGCUAUUUUAAUAAUUAUUUGGAAGCAGUCUACCUCUCAUAAGAGAGAUAGGUAGCAGUGCUUGUGAAAGAAGUCAGUUUUAUUUUUUUCAUAACUCCAGAUUAAUCACUUUUUCAUUUUUCUGUCAGCCAGCAGCUCUCCAGAUGAACAAUAGACAUAAUUGUAUCAGUUGCAGUUUGAGUUACAUGUUUAUGCAACCUCUGGGUUCCUCGAUGGAUAGUUUCAUCUUUCAUCUGCUUGAUGUAUUUUUACUAAAAUGUGCAACUGAUAAGACAACACUCUGUCCUACGUGUUCAUGCAAAGACACUUUGUAUAUAUGUCACUGUUGUAUUUUUCUGUGAGGGAGUUUGUGUGAGUGUUUUUGUCUGAGGAUUAUUUUUUACUAAAUGUGUACCAGAAGAUAGUGGUUAUCCAUACGUCACCUUUGAAUAUUUAUACGGCAAGUAGACCAUUACUUUCGUUGUGUUCCCUGCAAUUUUGUACUUAGCCAGAGAGCCCUAACUGCUCUGCUAAGUCAGUGAUGACUGAGGUCUUUGUACUCUGUACUGGAUAAUUUUUCUACGUAGGAAAACAGUUCCUACUUAUCUGUACCUGAUUAUAAUAAGAGGAAUAUUGGCUGUUAAUUCCACACUAAGUUUCACCGUAUUUCAUAUUUGAUUUAGUACUUGUGAUAAGAUGUCAACAGUGAUAACACUUUUUAUAAUUAGUGUUAAGUUUGCAGUUGUGUGACGACUAUGCUACCUAUUUUCAGAAAGAAUAUAAAAAUAAAAAGUGUAAUAUUUCACCUUA